AUGGCCACCCCCAACGAGAAAGUUGGCAGUGAUGCUAUGAAGGAUCCUCAGGCUCCUGCUACCCACGCUGCUACUGGUCCUACAGACAUCAAAGCCGAUGAUGCUUCUGCCAUUGAGAAGGAGUUGGCCUCCGUGGAGGAAGGCUACAUGAAGGAGGAAGGCCGUCUCCCCAGCCCCGAGGAGCAGAUCGAAGCCCUUGGUAUUCCCAACUGGCGAGAGCUGGAGAAGAAGAUUGUUAGACGUCUUGACAUGACCCUCAUGCCUUUCCUUGGUCAACUCCCCAGUAACAUGAUGAUCACCAAGAUUCGACCCAGUCUGUACCUCUGUCUCAUGGCUAUUGUUUGGUCCGGCGUCAGUGUUGCUACCGUCGGUGUCUCAUCUUACUCUGGUCUUAUGGGUGUGCGAUUCGCUCUCGGUCUUGUUGAAGCUCCUCUUCUGCCUGGUGCCAUUUACCUCCUUGGUUGCUGGUACACAAGAAAGGAGAUUGCUUUCCGCAUGGCUAUCCUCUACUCCGCUCAGACAAUCGCUUUCUGCUCCGCUGGUCUUAUUGCCGCUGCCACUUACGCCACUCUCGAACAGGCUCACGGACUUGCUGGCUGGCAAUGGCUGUUCAUCAUUCUCGCUACUGCCGGUGCUGGUUCAGCUAUGAUCUGCAUCUGGUUCAUCCCUGAUUAUCCCACUUCCACAACCGGUAGCGCCAUGUGGACUAUGACUGAGGACAUGCGAAAGGUUGCCGCCGCUCGUGUCAUUGCCGAUCGACCUUCUACCUCUGAGGGUAAGACCGGUGCCUGGGAGGGACUCAAGCUUUCCGUUCGCGAUCCUAAGCUUUACAUCCUUACACUCAUGAACAUCACCAUCUCUGCUGCCUACGGAUUCUCCAACUUCUACCCUUCAAUUGUUCGCGGCCUCGCCGCUGAUUGGGGAUACGGUCCUGUCAUCGCUCUCGUCCUCACUGCUCCCCCUUACAUCUUUGCUGCCCUCGGUUCAUACGUCAACGCCUGGCACUCCGACAAGGUCAAGGAGAGAGGUCUGCAUUACGCUAUCCCCGUCGCUGUUGCUUGCUCUGGUUUCAUCAUCUGUCUCGCCACCACCGAUGCCCGAGCCCGUUACGGUGCCUCUUUCAUCUACGUCGGUGGAAUGUACAUCGCCAACCCUCUUAUUAUGGGAUACGUCAGUGGUGCUCUGGCCAAGACUCCCGAGAAGCGAGCUGUUUCCGUCGCCCUGUGCAACUUGUUGUCCCAGAUCGGUAACUUUACUGCUCCUUUCAUGUUCGUCGCCAAGGAGGAGCCUCGCUAUAUCAGUGCUUUCAUUGGUAUGAUGGCCUUUGGUCUUUCAUCUAGUGCUUGCGCUAUUGUCCUCAAGAUCUGGCUCACAAGAUCCAACAAGCGACUUUUGCGCGAGGCCCAGCGCAACGGUACUGUUUACCAGCCUUAUGCCACUUAA